GGGAAUCAGAUCAAAUUCAUGGGCAGCUUAAAACGGAUUCCUACUGUAAGGGGUGGAUUAAAACAGAUUCCUUUUUAUCCUUUCUAUUCAUUUUGGUGGAAUUUUAAUCGUUAAACGGAAUAAAACAACAUAGCCGUGGUGUGACAGCGGUGUCGGACAGAACAAUGGAACGGCAAGUACUGAUAAUCUCCAUUUUCUGCCUCAGUUAUGUGGUCGGGCAGGUUAGCUAUUCAAUUCCAGAGGAAAUGGCGAAAGGAUCUUUGGUCGGCAAUAUAGCCCAAGAUUUAGGUUUAGAUGUCAAACGUCUUAGGUCAGGUAAAGCUCGUCUCUAUACCGGAGACAGCGCUCAGUACAUCGAGCUGAAUAGCGAAAGAGGAGUCCUCCUCAUUAAAGAAAAAAUAGACCGCGAAGUCCUGUGCAGACAGACAACGCCUUGUGCUUUACAUUUUCAAAUAACGUUAGAGAGCCCACUGGAAUUAUUCCCAGUUACGGUUGAAAUUACCGAUGUUAAUGAUAAUGCUCCCGUUUUCCAAAAGGAGGAGAGAGUGUUUGAAAUCAGCGAAUCAGCGAUCGUUGGCUCUAAGUUUAUGCUAGAAAAAGCAAUAGACCCAGAUAUCGGACUGAAUGGUCUGCAGAGAUACACUCUUAAGCCGAGUGACAAUUUUGUUCUUAAAUUGCACGCACAAAGUGAUGGAAGCAAGAAAGUAGAAAUGCUUUUACAGAAGCCAUUGGACCGAGAGAAACAAGAACAUAUAUCUUUAGUUUUGACUGCGGAAGAUGGAGGUGAACCGCAAAUGACAGGAACAAUGAAAAUCUAUGUUACCGUAUUAGAUGCAAACGACAAUGCACCUGUUUUUAGUAAACCCGUUUACAAAGCAAGCAUUACAGAAAACUCUGUAAAGGGAACACUUGUUACUAAGGUCACGGCUUCUGACGCAGACAAAGGCACAAAUGGAGAGGUGACCUAUGUAAUCGGAAAUAGCAUGGAUACAGUUUCAAAGUUAUUUCAUAUUAAUAGUGAAGGUGAUGUGAUAUUAGAUGGUCCGAUUGACUACGAAAUUGAAAAAAAUUAUAAUAUAGACAUAGAAGCAAUCGAUCAAGGUGGACUCUCUGACUCAAGUAAACUGAUCAUCGAUGUAAUUGACUUGAAUGACAAUAGACCCGUUGUAAAUAUGAUUUCAGCGUCAGGCUCAAUACCGGAGGACUCAGCCCGCAAGACAGUAAUAGCUUUAAUGAGCGUAAAUGACCCUGAUUCUGAAAAUAAUGGGAAAGUGAAUUGCGUGAUAAAUGAAAAUAUUCCAUUUGAAAUUAAAUUUACAUCUAACAAUUUCUAUAGUUUAGUAACAGACAGUGAUUUAGACAGAGAGAGAGCCUCUGAGUAUAACAUCACUGUGAUCUGCACUGAUGAGGGAGUGCCCUCCCUCUCCAGCAGUGUCACUCUCACCUUACAGAUCUCAGACGUUAAUGACAACGCACCUGUCUUUGAGAGGAACUCAUAUGAGGCCUACAUUGUAGAAAACAAUACACCAGGUCUCUCUAUAUUCACAGUCAAAGCCACAGACGCUGACUGGAACCAGAAUGCCCGUGUUUCUUACAUACUGGAGGACUCCUCCGUUAACGGAGUACCAGUCUCCUCAUAUGUGUCCGUUAGUGCUGAUAGUGGAGUCAUCCAUGCAGUGCGCUCUUUUGACUACGAGCAGAUCAAAGAUUUCCACUUCCGCGUAAGAGCACAGGAUGGAGGCUCUCCUCCACUCAGCACCAACGUGACUGUGAAAAUAAUGAUCCAAGACCAGAACGACAACCCCCCUCAGGUUCUGUACCCAGUCCAGACUGGUGGCUCUCUGGUGGCUGAAAUGGUGCCUCGUUCAGCAGAUGUGGGCUAUCUGGUGACUAAAGUGGUGGCUGUUGAUGUGGACUCUGGACAGAAUGCCUGGCUCUCCUAUAAACUGCAGAAAGCCACAGACAGGGCGCUGUUUGAAGUGGGCUUACAGAAUGGAGAAAUCAGAACUAUCCGCCAAGUCACUGAUAAAGAUGCUGUCAAACAAAGACUGACUGUUAUAGUGGAGGACAACGGGCAGCCCUCUCGUUCUGCUACAGUCAUUGUUAACGUGGCGGUGGCGGACAGCUUCCCUGAAGUGCUGUCGGAGUUCACUGAGUUGACGCACGACAAGGAGUACAAUGACAACUUGACUUUUUACUUAGUCUUGGCUCUGGCUGUAGUUUCCUUCCUCUUCAUCACGUGUUUAGUGGUUAUUAUAUCAGUCAAAAUCUACAGGUGGAGACAGUCUCGCAUCCUGUAUCACUCCAACCUGCCUGUCAUUCCAUAUUAUCCACCACGUUACUCAGACACUUUGGGGACAGGGACUCUGCCACAUGUGUACAAUUACGAGGUGUGCAGGACGACUGACUCCAGAAAGAGUGACUAUAAGUUCGGCAGAGCUGGUAGUCAGAACGUGCUAAUUAUGGACCCCAGUUCUGCAGGAACAAUGCAGCGGAUACAGAGUGAAAAGAGCAUCCUGGAUGAACCAGACUCUCCUCUAGAGGUUAGCAUUUCUGAAUAA